GGUCAUUUGAAUUACGCCUGCUAGUGUGCUUAUCGGCUACAAUGGAGACUGGGAUGAUGUAGAUAAUAGUGACAAUGAACGGAUGAUGAUAGCGGGGUCAAAGUCGACGUACAUUGCCAGGCGAUUUCGGAGAAGCAGCAGCGGGUCGCUGCGCUGUUAACAGGAGGGGAUCCCAGUGCGUGUUUCAGCCCGUGUGCGUUUCUCUGUCAAGCCGAGCGAGCGGCAGCGAGGAGCGGAGGGGAGCGACCAGGCUAGCCUAUAAGCCGAUCAAGGUGGAAUUGCACACAACGACUUUCACAUUUGGGAUUUCUGCGCACCUGCAUGCUGUAAACGAGGUGCAAGGAUGAUGCGUCUAGCAUGCUGCACUGCCCUGCUUUUUGUGUUGAAGCUGCUGGCGGGCUUGCCCUGGUACCAGGUUCUUCCGGCAGUCCUGAUCUUUUACCUGGGAAGCGGAGGAUGGAACUCCCUGGAUAUUUUUGUCAAAACGGUUGGCAGAGACUUACAUGCAGCCAGUGUUUUACUGCGAGUGAAGAUGAAUGUCAGACGUCACCUCAGAGAGAAGAACACGAUUCCCAAGAUCUUUGCGGAAACAGUGCAUCGUUAUGGGGACAAAACGGCGCUCAUCUUCGAGGGAACUGGGGAGAGAUGGACUUUCCGACAGCUGGAUGAAUACUCCAACAGAGUGGCUAACCUGCUACUGGAGAGGGGUUUCAAGGAAGGUGAUGUGCUGGCCCUUUUCAUGGAGAACAGGUCGCAGUAUGUGGGCAUCUGGUUGGGCAUGGCUAAAAUUGGAGUAGAAGCAGCUCUCAUCAACUUCAAUUUGAGACUAGACGCUCUGGUCCACUGUGUCACCAUCUCCAAUGCCAAGGCCGUGAUUUUUGGUUCAGAGCUAACUGAUGCUGUGUCUGAGGUCCAUAGUUCAAUGGGGAAGGCAGUGCAGAUGUUUUGCUCUGGAGACUGGGACCCCAAACGAGUCCCGCAGGGAACCGAGUGCCUAGAGCCACUAGUGGCUGGUGCCUCUUCUCACCUACCCCGCCAACCAGAUCGCAGCUUCAUAGAUCGCUUGUUCUAUAUCUACACAUCAGGAACCACUGGGAUGCCUAAAGCAGCCAUUGUUGUGCACAGCAGGUACUAUCGCAUGGCAGCUUUGGUGUAUUAUGGCUUUAGGAUGUCACCAGAUGAUGUGUUGUAUGAUUGCCUGCCACUCUACCACUCUGCAGGAAACAUUGUGGGAGUUGGCCAGUGCCUAAUACACGGCAUGACUGUAGUCAUCAGAAAGAAAUUCUCUGCCUCACGUUUCUGGGAUGACUGUGUCAAAUAUAACUGCACGAUUGUGCAGUACAUUGGUGAAAUCUGUCGCUAUCUACUGAACCAGCCGAUUCGUGACACAGAGCGACAACACCGAGUACGCAUGGCACUGGGCAACGGCCUGCGUCAGUCUAUAUGGGAGGAGUUCAUGAAGCGCUUCAAUAUCCCACAGAUUGCAGAGUUUUAUGGAGCCACAGAGUGCAACUGCAGCCUGGGCAACUUUGAUAACAAGAUCGGAGCGUGCGGCUUCAACAGUCAGAUUCUACCCUUCAUCUACCCCAUCAGACUGGUGAGGGUUGAUGAAGAGACCAUGGAGCUAAUUAGGGGACCCGAUGGCGUCUGCAUUCCUUGUAAACCUGGUGAGCCCGGCCAGCUUGUUGGCAGGAUCAUUCAGAAUGACCCUCUACGUAGGUUUGAUGGCUACGUCAGCCAAACAGCAACCAGCAAGAAGAUUGCUCAUAGCGUAUUUAAGAAAGGAGAUAGUGCCUAUCUUUCAGGUGAUGUGUUGAUCAUGGAUAAGUACGGCCACAUGUACUUUAAGGACCGAACAGGAGACACUUUCCGCUGGAAAGGAGAGAAUGUCUCAACAACCGAGGUGGAAGGAACUCUAAGCAGACUCUUAGACAUGAAGGAUGUAGUUGUUUAUGGAGUGGAAGUACCAGGAGCAGAAGGAAAGGCUGGAAUGGCAGCCAUCGCCGAUCCGUCUCACUCCACUGACCUGGAGAAGUUUGUGAAAGACAUGGAGAAGGCUCUCCCUCCAUAUGCUAGACCAGUUUUCCUCCGCUUCCUCCCAGAGGUCAACAAGACGGGAACGUUUAAGUUUCAGAAGACGGAGUUCCGUCGGGAUGGCUUUGAUCCCAGUGCAGUGUCAGACAGACUGUACUUCCUGGACUCCAGCAAAGGGCGCUACAUGCAGCUGGAUGAGGAGCUGUACCGCUCCAUACUGUCAGGGAAAAACAAAUUGUGAUGACCAGGCUGACCACUACAGCAACCCACACACACAUACAUACAUACACACGCACACAUGCCAACCCACACGCACAAAUACAGAAGACAGUGUGUGAGACCAGAAUAGAAGAUUUUGUCCCCAUAUUCACAAAUACACAAAGAAGUAAUAGCCAUACACAGGCCUGCACACACACACAUAAAUGUAUUCCCAGAACCACUUUGCUCUUUAACAUCCCUAACAGACCGAUGCAUGUCACGCUCAAAAAACACACACUCUACUCUGCCCAUCCCUCUGGAAUUCUCCUCAGCAACUUCUCUCGCUACCUCAGCAAACAAAGAGAGAGGCACAAACCCAGAAACCAGGUCUAUUUGGUAACUUGAAGCCACCCUUCAUGACCACAUGCUCCCUGCCCCAUCAACAGUUCUCAUACACUCCCACCUGUCAACGCUGGUCCAUUAAAACACGUGUUAUUGCUGGCGAGGAGGAGGAGGAGGAGUAGAACAGACUGCCUAGCAUCCAGGAUGCAAAAACUUGACACUCCAGAUGAACCCAGACUUUAAAGGAUGUUGAUGAAGAACCUGGAUUCAGUACAUUAAAUAUGUGGGAUAAACAGAGGGACCUACAUGGACCUAAACUAUCACUCUGUUCAUUGUUCUGUUAGUGAGAUUGUGACAGACUGAAGCCACUGCUGUCGACUUAACCUGCACAAUUAAGCCAGUAGUGACAAACCUGUGAGAUGGUUACAUCUGUCCUCUGUUUCAGGUCAAAUUUUAUGUAGUGUUUCCUUUAACGCUCAGCUCCCAUCUUUUCUUUUUCAAAUCCAAAGGCUUUCUUUUGUUCUUUCUUUCUUUUCUUUUCUUUUUUUUUAAAGGGAUUAACAUAUUUGACCUGUAACACACAGGAGUAAAAACAAAACAAGUCCAGUGGUUGAAGGUGUGAAUUGGGCUCCAGCAUUUGCAGUGCAAUAAUUAGCCACAUGAGAGAUGAAGAAAAAAAAAAAUAAAGCUUUGCAUUUAAAUGUCUGAAGUACACCAAAUAUAUUUAAGUUGUAGCUUCUACAUAUUUAAGAAAAGACAGACAUUUCAAUAAUUUAUAUUGUAAAAGUGUUUCUGUUUUUUUGUUGUUCUGCUUUAUGUGUAUCCAAAUCUGUGCUUCAUAGGCUGGUGGAGUCCUCCUUCUAUCAGCUGCUAAAACACAAAGUCAUGUAUUCAGACUGAUUCAACCCUGGGCUAAAUACAUAAACAGGACUUGUUCACAUGCUGAGCUUGAGUGCAGUAUUGCUGUGUGGCUGUAUUGUGCAGGUUUUGUCCUUAAAGGGAGACAUUGCCUAUCUUAAAGUCUGCAUAUGUUCUUUUAAAUUAUAUGAAUUCAGCUUAGGUGGCAAAAGCACCUGAUCGGCACGGAGUUCAUCUGUUAAUAAAAGGGAUGUUCUGCGCCAGUUUCGGGAACUCUGAAUGAUCCAAAGAUUCAAAGGCGGGAAGCAGGAAUUUGAACUGGAAGGAAUGCAUCAAAAUAGAGGAGUAGAAGAAGAGACAAUAUGCUUUGUCAUUAAUGUUAUUGUCUGUUGUUUGCAGUAGAUGUUCUCAGAGGUUGUAGCAGCAUGAAUGAGCAUCAUCAACCACAAGCAGAGCACUGUGCCUUACUGUGAGUUCACCUCCCAGAAUCACAGGCCCUGGCCCACACGCCUCCUUUUGUUGGACUUCAUCUUUCACUCUCUGUGAGUGUCCAGCUUCCAUGAUCUCAUUUUGUCUGUCUCCAAAUUCCCUAAUGUACUAUCCGUGCAAAUAUGGCCCAAAUCACAGGAGCUCUGAAUAUUAUACUGAAAGUCACUUGAUAACUAUCCGUGGCAGCCAAUGGACCGGCAUCUUUAUCCUGCCAGGUGCAGGAAGUGUUCGUGUUUGUCUUGGUGGGCGGGGGUCCAAUUUUCCAGUGAAACAUUUUUAACUACCAAACCAUACUUUUUUUCUUUUGAAACUCUUCUGGUCAUUUAGUCCUAACAGGAACUUUAACUUGACUUCUAGCAGUUUUAUUUGCUUUGUAUUUGUUUCUUGGGCUGUCAUGUAGAGAUGUGUGUUUCCCUUUUUGCUCAGCACCUUUACUUUAAGCCUUUAUUUUAUUUCUGCCGCCCACCCCAUUCCUUUCCCUUCAUUCCUACUGUCUGACUCUCAUCCUUCAUCUUAUCCAUUUCUGUCAGGUACUGAGGCUCAUUUCCUGCCAUGUCUGCUUCAUCUCAUGAUUGAUUCAGAUAAUGGUUAAAGUAAUUGAAUAGAUAUAUUUCCUAAUUGGAAUUUAUUAAUUGUUUAAUUUAGUUGACGUUUGAGAUGGUUCAGGAGGUCUGACAUGUUGUUCCAAGCACACACACACAAAACCAUUUUCAAGGAUCUUUUACCGAUGUUUGUAGUCUGCCAUUACCCUGUGUGUGUGUGUGUGUGUGUGUGUGUGUGUGUGUGUGUGUGUGUGUGUGUGUGUGUGUGUGUGUGUGUUGUUGUUUUGUUUUUUUUUCCUUCCAUUGCAACUGACCACAUCCUAAGUUGCCUAUAAUACAGCAAGUUAUUAUUUUAUUGUAGCAACAUUUAGGCUACAUUUUCUUUUUUGUGUGUGUUGUUUUGUUUUUUUGUCGACAGACUAUGUUUAAACAUCUUUUCUUGGUUUAUGCAUUGCACUGACUGACGCAGUUGACCUUGAUGGUUGCAGUCUGCUGACAGUGACUGUCAACGCUGCUCUCUUGUGUGAUUUCCCUGUUUUGGGGGAACAAAACAACAAAAACAAAGCCGUUCGACAGAGAUUUGUUGCUGCUUCCUCUGUCUCUCUCUUUAACUUGUAUUUAUUCUUUAAUGAUGAGUGUGAAAUGUUCUCAUGAAUGUCUAAAAAAGAAAAUGGGUGAGUGGUGAUGAUGAAAAUAAGUAAAGUGUGAUUUGUGUAUCCAAAGGGAACUCGGUUUGGCUGUUAUGAUGCUUCUAACUGAGGGUUGCGUUUGUCGACCCUGACCACCAGGGGGCGUGUGAUUAAACAGCCCCGCAAAGAACACUCUGAAGAGGAUGUUUCCAUUAUUUUUAAUGAGUUAAAUUAUUAUUUUUUUUUGAAGAACUGUUAAUUGUACUUUGAUUGUUUUACUGCUACACGUGUUUGCUUUUUGUGUUGUUUGUGUGAAAUCAUAGCUUUUUGUGGUUUUGGUAUAAAAAGAGGAUUCUUGCAUUUUGAAAGACAAUCGAAUGACUGUUUUUGCUUUACUAGACAUGAGCUUUUUUUUUUUUUUUCUUUCAGGGAAACACUGGUUUUAUAUGUUUACUCAGAGCUUUUUUUGUGAUGUCCAAAUGAUUAAGUAUUGGCAGUCAGAAGCUACACUAUACAAUAAUGGCUAUAAAAACUGUAGAUUUGAAAUCACACACGAUACACAUUAAAGUUCAUCAUUUGUUUAACAAAUUUAAAACUGAUUCACAUGUUUCGUUCAGCAUGUCAUUAAAAUGACUAGACUGAGUAACCAAGAUACCUUUUCUCAUACCACCUGAAUACAUUCAUAUUAUUAUUGCACAGAUCAGCUUUAACAUGAGUCCCUAACACACUCAGAUGUGGACAUUGCUGUAACUAUUCAGCUUCUGUCAUUACAGAGAAAUCGACUGAAAACUUCUAAAGUGGCCAAAUUUGGUGAGUGAGCCUCAAAGGCUUCAAACUGUCACCACAAUGAGAUCAGUCGAUGUAAAUCACUCCACAUACAAAUGAUGGUUCACCUCUUAAGGCACAGUGAAGUUUGACUGAGUGGUGAUCGCACAGCCUGGCUGUUUUAUGUAUAACACAUCUGUGUUUGUUGCACCUUUUAUUUGUCUUUUCUCCCUGUCACGAUUCAAACACAUCUGCCUACAUGUGUGGAAAAAGUUUUUUUUUUUUUUUUUAAUAUAUAAUUUUGUUGUCUCACUGCACAGCAGCUCUGAGCACGUGAAUUUUAGAGGAGGUCUGUGAGGUGAGCUGCGUGCGUGUGAGACACACUGAUGUCCUCUUGUCCACUGAAGGCUCGUUGUAUACAUCGUGCAUUUCAAGAAAAUUAGAUAAAAGCAGAGCUGCGAAUGGAAACUCAUUAUUAAUAAAACAAUUUAAAUUCUUCACUUG